AUGAAGAAGCAGAAGGCUCUAGUAUGUGCGCCUUCACAUGUGGCUGUUGAUAAAGUGAUGUCAGAGGUGUUGAAAUGCUUUGCAGAACCUAAAGAUCUGGAAGAUUCUGAUAUUUAUGAUGUGGAGAAUGAAGUAGUCGCUAAUGCUGAAACAAUAGAAGAAGCUAUCACAGCAAAUGACAAGUACAUGGAACUGUGCGACAUAUUCGAUAAAAUGGUGUGUUUUUCAUCCAUUACUGUUCAGCUGUUCGUGAGUCCUUGA